CACACAGAGAGAGAACGAAACAGAGCCGGUGGGUGAGAGCUCGGCAGCCGCUGCGUCCGUUGGUCGCCUCCUCUCUGACGGCUCACCCGGUGCUCGAGGCGGGAACGCAGGACUACAAAGGAGAUCAGAACUACUACCCCCAUCAUUGCUCCUCAUGUUGCUGCACGAGACCAGUGCCGGAGACCUCCUGACACGAGCCGCAGCCCAAGGAGACUUGGCUGAGGUGAAGAGACUUCUCUACCAGGAACGCAUCCAUCCUGACUGUCUGAACCGCUUUGGGAGGACCGCCCUGCAGGUGAUGAUGUUUGGCAGUACACCGGUGGCAUCCGAGCUGCUGAAGCAGGGCGCCAGCCCAAAUAUUCAGGACUCGUACGGCAUCUCCCCAGCCCACGAUGCCGCCCGGAUGGGUUUCCUGGACACCCUGCAAGUCUUGGUCCAAUAUGGAGCUGACGUCAACACUCCUGAUGCCUCGGGCUGUCUCCCCGUCCACCUGGCUCUCCGAGAGGGUCAUAUUCCCGUCAUCGCCUACCUCGCCUCACGUUCCAACUUACAGCACCAGGACCGAGAGGGCAGGACCCCCCCGCAGCUCGCCUCCAUGUUGGAUCCUAACCUGGCGGCCGUUUUAGAACUGCAUAGGUAGAAAAGUAUAAUGUAUGGGACGGACAAGUGGCGCAGCUUCACUCCUUACACUAUCCUCGUGCCUCACCAUAUGAUGCCACGUAUGUGAGCAGCCAGUACCACGCACCCGGACAGCGGCCAUUUUUACUGAUUUAAUAACAGUGUCGCUUCCUAGUAGCCAGUAAAGCAGAUAUAACUGGCACCCAGUGAUCUGAUUGGUCAUUGGUCCUAAUAUGACGCCUGACUCACAGUGCGCCCGACCAUGUCCUAUAGCUAUACAAACCGUACCUAGGUGCGCACCCUAAACCUCGGGGGGCAGGACUACAUCUCCCCUCACAGAAGUCUAAAUGCAAUGUGUAUGUGGCCG